AGCACCCGGAGGCCGCGGAAGAGCAGCGGCCGAGGCGGCCGGGACCGGGACCCGCCCCCGCGGCCUGCGGGGCGAGGCGGGGCCGGGCCAGGCGGUGGGAGGCAAAGGCCGGGAGGGAGCCGCGGGAGCAGCGGGGUCGGAUCGCCGCGGGACGGGCGAGGUCGUCUGUGAGAAGUGGAGAAAUGGCUAAAUCGACCCAAUUAAUUGACAAUGAAGUCUUCCGGGCUUAUGCCACUUACACAGCUAUUGUUCUUCUGAAAAUGAUGCUGAUGAGUCUUGUAACAGCAUACUACAGGAUCACAAGAAAGGCAUUUGUGAACCCAGAAGAUACAGCAUCGUUUGGAAAAGGUGACAGUGCCAAGAAAUACCUGAGGACUGAUCCAGAUGUCGAACGUGUACGCAGAGGCCACUUGAACGACCUUGAAAAUAUUGUCCCAUUUGUUGGCAUUGGACUACUGUAUGCCCUUAGUGGCCCUGAGCUGUCCACAGCCUUGCUGCACUUCAGGAUCUUUGCUGGGGCGAGGAUCCUUCACACUUUUGCAUACUUGAUCCCUCUUCCCCAGCCUGGCAGAGGUUUGUCUUGGGCAGUUGGCUAUGCAGUGACCUUCUCGAUGGCAUACAAAGUGCUGAAGACAGUGUUGCUCCUGUAGCAGAGCCUUGGCUUCUGUGUACCAUUCGACAUUCCACACAAAGUUUCCAGCAGUGUAUGGUUCCAGCAGUGAGUAAGCCAAUAUGAGUCUUCUGUGGUGACUGGAAUUCUUUUCUAUAAAAGAGCCUUUUCAUUCCUGUUCAGAAAUGUUUCUUUUUGGAGGAAAAAGAAUAUUUCUCCCUGUAUUCCCUGUUCAUGCCUUGCAUUGCCGAAUGCUAGAUUGGAUGUUCCCCUUGCAAUUUGUCAAGUGCUUACAAUUCUAAACAUGUGAUGAUGCUGUAUUGAUAGAAUGUGUGAUAAUUUUCUACAGAUGCACUAUUUUUGGCUGUAGCUCUGAAGUCUAAAUCAAUAAAGACAAGGUUUAAAAAAAGGCUGUUUGUAUUUUCAUUUUCAUUUUGACUCUUCUCACUGCAGCCAGCAAAUAACAUGUCACUGUGUAUCAGGAAGAGAUUCCAAUCAUACAGUUCUUUGAAGAAUGCUUACCUUAAUAAUAAGAUAAAACCAGUAACGCUAGGCUUGUUAUAAAAAGUCUUUGAUGAAAAUGUUGUUUGUAUAAUCCACUUUGGGAUUAAAAAACCUAAACCGUUGCAGCUCCAUUUCUUUCAAUUGAAUAGAUUUUAAAGAAAGGAAAUAUUGGGCUAAAUUCUCUUUGGACAUGCUAGUAAAAAUUUGAAGUAAUAAUUUUUGUUGAAAUUACUGCAAACUUAGUUUUCCUGACUGGAUAAAGUGUAGACCCUUUAUAGAAGUUUGUUUUUGUUUUUGAAUAAAUUCACCAUAAAAUGAGUGACACUUGCAAGUGUGGAUAUCAAGUAAUUCAGAUGUGCAUAUGUAAUU